AUGCCUGAUUGGUCGUGGCUGUCCAUUUUGAUCUUCAACGAGCUGAGCUAUCUGAGGGCAUAUGUCGCGGAGGAACUUUGGCUGGGUAGAAUGGCUGCACUUGUCCCGAGUCUAUCACGCAUCUUCUUCGUUUGCUUGGUAGAUACUGACACUCUAAGCCUCGUUGCUCACAAUGGCGACAUUUCGGCCAGCCGCCACUACAACGCGAUUUUGAGGUGCGACAUGAUCGACAAGCUUUGA